AGGCAGACGCAGGGACCACGUGCCACAGUAACUGCGGCAGUGACCACUGGACUGUCCCCUCCUGCUCCCCAGCUCUGACCGUCCCUCUUCCUGCCAGGUCCCGGGUGAAGCUGCUGGUGGAUGAAGAUGGCAGGUUGCCGAUGGCUCAUCCCCCCCAUUCAAGGCCUGCUGCUCUGCAUCUUGGCUCUGCAACUCUGCGUCCAGGACCCUCUUGCCACAGCAGAGCACAACACGGCCGCCAACGCCUCGGUGGCCGCCAACGCCUCGGUGGCCGCCAACGCCUCGGUGGCCGCCAACGCCUCGGUGGCCGCCAACGCCUCGGUGGCCGCCAACGCCUCUGUGAAUGGUACCGAAGAAACACUGCUCACCUGCCAGAGCUUUCAGUGCUCUGGUGAGAGGUGUUACCAGGAUGAAGCCCACGCCAACAAAACAGUGACCUGCCAUAAUGAGACUUACUGUGAGCUUUAUCGUUUCUCCAGCACGAACUACACAGCCAGCUGCAGCAGCGCGUGUGGCAGAGAGAUGUGCAGGACCAACAGCAGCGUGAACACGCAGCAGUGUGCCCUGGACUGCUGUGACUCUCCCCUCUGCCUGCAGCUCAAUGCCAGCUCCUACGGUGACCUGCCAGCUGCCACUGCGCCGCCUACGACCACCACCACCACCCCCCGGCCUCCGCCCCGAAACGGUGAAAAGCUGCCCUGGAAGGGGAACAAAUCCUUAAUGAGCUUUGAAAGAGGAGAGUCCGUAAGGAGCCCUGUCAAACAGGCCUGCUCCCAAGCCCAGCACUUACAUCGGUUCAAAGACUUUGAACGGACUGCGUGGGGAAAGUGUGUGCAGCAUUCUCCUGUCACGGGGAUGGGUGUUUCAAAGGCAAGAAGACUGUUGCUAGAUGCAUUGUCGGGCAUGACUUCUGUGAGAUGAAGAAGACAGGCUUGAAUUACAUGGCGGGAUGUAGCAAAGCCUGCAAGGCUGCCAAACCAGUCUGUGCUGGUGGGAUGAAGGCUGCCUGUUACCAGGAGUGCUGCCCAG